AUGUGCCUCGACAAGGAUGUUACAAAUCAAAGUGUUGUUUACCUUGCCAAAUCAGCACCAUAUGAACCCUUUAUGUUGGUUUUGCCUCUCCUUUAUCAGAUUCUUUCACUAUUCACCACUCAUGCAUUUGAAGUCUCCCUCUAUAGUAUAAAUGAGUCAUGGUACUUUGAAUUGAAAACCAGGACAAUCAUUUCUCUCCAAAGUUCAUUGUCUUCCCAGUGA